AAGGAGGCGGCGAGGGGUUUUAAAGGGGACGCCGAAAUGACGGAUGAACACCACCUACAUCACCACCCCCCCCCCCCCCCCCCCAUCCGCACGUGAACGCCCUCCGUCUCUCUCUCUCUCGUCAGUCGUCACCGUCACAUCCUCCUCUCCCCCUCCCCCCAACCAAAACCCCAGCCGAAAAAUUCCGUAGAGCGAAGCAAGGCGACCGGAGAGUGGCAGUGGCAGCGGCAGCGGCCAGGCGGAACAGCGCCUCUCUUGUCCCUUUCCCCCCUUUUUAAUCCCUCUCUCCUCCGCCCCCCUCCCCGCAAGAAAAGCUCGGAUUCUUGGGCGUUUCCCCCCAUUCCCCUCCUCGAUCUGAGACUUUUGUCCUCCCCAAAUGGCCGCCUCCCGCUGAACCAACCCCCCCGCCCGCCGGCACGCCCUUCGCGUCCCCGCUCCUUGGACUCGCGCUGUCGGGGGCUCCUCAGGGACCGUGCGCCGUGGUGGUAGCAGUAGCAGUAGUAGCAGCGGCGGCGGCCGAAUGGGCGCUGCAAGGGGACGCGUCGCGGCGCUGCUCGUGGCCGCGCUCCUGCUCGGCGCCUUCGCCCCUCCGGCGUCCGCGGCGUCGUACCCCGCGAAGGUGGUGAGCGGGUUCCUCUCCAAUGCGGCGUCGGCGGUGCUGAAGCGGCUGUGGUCGCUCAAAUCGACGGCCAAGACAGCGAGUGGAGCCAAGUCCAUGGUGAAGUACGAGGGCGGGUACACCGUGGAGACGGUCUUCGACGGCAGCAAGCUGGGGAUCGAGCCGUACGCCGUGGAGGUCACCCAGGGUGGCGAGCUGCUCGUCAUGGACUCCAUGAACAGCAACAUCUACAGGAUCGCGCUGCCGCUGUCCCGAUAUAGCAGACCAAAGCUUGUUGCUGGUUCACCAGAAGGAAUUCCUGGUCAUAUUGAUGGGAGGCUGCGAGAGGCGAAGAUGAACCAUCCAAAGGGAUUUACGGUGGACGGCAGGGGUAACAUAUACGUGGCUGAUGCUAUGAACAUGGCUGUUAGAAAGAUCAGUGAUACAGGAGUUACAACUAUUGCUGGUGGGAAAUCAAGCAGAGGAGGGCAUGUUGAUGGACCAAGUGACGAUGCAAAAUUUUCUACUGAUUUUGAAGUCCGUUACAUUGCCAGUAGUUGCUCCCUUUUGGUGAUUGACAGAGGAAAUCAAGCUAUUCGGGAGAUUCAGCUCAACUUUGAUGACUGUGUGUACCAGUAUGAAGCUGGUUUUCCCCUAGGGGUAGCACUGCUUCUUGCUGCUGGUUUCUUCGGCUACAUGCUUGCGUUGCUCCAACGCCGGGUUUUAGGGAUGGUAUCAACAGAAGAUGAACUCCAGACUCCGAUGAAAGCCAGCAUCGCAAGCAUCCCUCCAUACCAGAUUCAGAAGCCGCUAAAGCCUUCCCUUCGACCCCCGCUAAUCCCAAACGAGGAUGAAUCCGAGAAACCAGAAGUGGAAGAGGGGUUCUUCACGUCACUCGGCAAGCUAAUCGGAGGAGCAAAAUCAUCCGUUGCAGAGAUCGUCGGUGCAGCAUUUUCCAGGAAGAAGCGCCCAAGCGUCCACCACUAUCAGCAGGGCAGAUCAGGCUCCUGGCCAGUGCAAGAAAGCUACGCCAUCCCACGCGACGAGACGCCUCCGGUGGUGGACACGAGGACACCAACCCCUCGCAAGAACUACGCUUUCAUGUCCAAGGAGCCUGAGAAGAUCCACCACAUCCGGCAGGGCCGGGCUCCAUACAACGGCUGGAACAACGGAGAAUCGCCUCAGCAGCAGCAGCAGCAGCAGCAGCAGCAACAUCAGCAGGUGCAUCACCAGCAGUACCUGCAGCACAACAGGCAGUACUCCCUGGGGCCGCAGACGUUCUACGAGCCGAGCUGCGAGGCGACGAACGAGAUCGUCUUUGGAGCGGUGCAGGAGGUGGAUAGCGCACGCCGCGCCGUGGAGAUCAAGCCGGUUAACUAUGGCGACGCGGCGGCCUACGAGCAGAGCGGGCUGCGCUACCGCAGCGGCGGCUACAUGGGCUGAAGAGCUCUAAGCUUGUUAUUCCUUCUCCAGUUUACAUGAUUAGAUUUCGGUACUUUGCCGCCUCUGUUGUACUACCUGUAAGGCUGUGGCGAGGAGAGAAAUGGAGCGGCAGCUCCAGGUUGAAUCAUGGAUGGAAGGAGAAGCUGGGUUUUUGCUAGUAGAAGGAUGUGAUCUUGGACUAAUAUAUGUAUUACCGAGGAAUAUAUGUUAUAUGUAUGUAGAUGAAAAUGCGUUUUGAUCUGAAA